GUUCGCUAAACGGUGUUCGUUCUCGAGCCCCAUUUCUUGUUCGUUUCUUCCUGUUUUGUUUCUGCGUCAGUUUGUCAACAAUCUGACGUGUAAGAGUCUACUCCUAAAAAUAUAGGUAUUGCAUCAGCCUCCAUGUCAGAUUCCUUUUCUUCAAACGAGGAGCAUCAUUCUUACACAAGCCCUACACUCUGAUGACUAUAAGUACUCUCAAUGGCUCACAUUUUUAGCCGUUUUUGAGAAAAAAAGAAGAAGAAAAAAAGUCAAGUCAGGGCUGUUUUCUCGGGUCAGGCAGGGAGGAUAACCAGAGUAGCCUUCACAAUGGUUGGGGCGGGAGGAGCAGACGAUGUUGACUCAAGCAUAAGGGCACAGCUGGAGGAUGAGGUGAUACAGGAAGCUCUCACCUCAGGCACAGACCUCAGGCAGUACUCUCAGUCUGUGGAAAAGGACCUCAGACAGCUGGAGAACUUAAGUAUCCAAGAUUAUAUUGACAAAGCACAAAAUAUAGCUGCCCUCCAUCAUCAGAUAACAGAAUGUGACUCUAUACUAGAAAAUAUGCAGGGAAUGCUCGAAGGUUUUCUUACCCAUUUGUCAACAAUUAGUCAAGAAAUACAGUCUUUGCAAGAACAAUCAGCCUCCAUUAAUGUCCAGCUUACAAACAGGAAACAGGUUCAUUCUGAAGUAUCUGCAUUCAUUGAUCAGUUGAUGGUCCCAGAGGUGAUGAUACAUCACAUCUUGAACACCUCGGUGACUGAUGAGCACUUUAUGGAACAACUGAAGGCAUUGAAUCAGAAGAGCAAAUUUAUUAAGGAACAAAACUUCAGAGAUGCUCACUCAUGUCAAGAUGUGCAAGAUAUUGUUGAUAAACUAACAGUCAAAGCAGUAAGCAAGAUCCGAGAAUAUUUGCUACAGAAGGUCUACCAGUUUCGCAAACCUUUGUCUAACUACCAGAUACCUCAGAAUGCUAUGAUCAAACACAAGUUCUUCUUUGAGUUUCUUCUCCUGCAUGCACGGACAAUUGCAGCAGAAAUUCAUGAUGAGUAUGUUGAAACCAUGAGUAAAGUUUAUAGCUCAUACUUCCAGUCGUAUACAAAGCAGCUAUGGAAGUUGCAGUAUGAAGAAGGAGUGACCCGUGAUGACCUAAUGGGUGUGGAAGAUUCACGUGCAAACAGCUUUUUUACAAAGAGUUUAAAGAGUCGUGGUACAGUUUUCACUCUGGGAACUAGAGACUCGGUUCUCUCUCCAACAGGGCUUACGCAGGACAUUAUUGUGCCACACACAGCUAGCAAGGGUGAAGCAAAGUAUCCCUUUGAAGUACUCUUCAGAAGUCAGCAGUAUGUCUUAAUGGAUAAUGGGUGCCGGGAAUACAUUUUCCUCACAGAGUUCUUCAUGGUACGAGAUAGUGAUGCUCAAAAACUUUUCUUAACUGUCAUGGGCAAGACACUGCAACAUGUCCAGAAAGAAGUAUGUGGAGUAGUAAUGGGCUGCUAUGACUCAAUAGCAUUAUAUCUGUGUGUCCAUUUGAUACAUCAGUACCGACUUCUGUGUCAUAAGCGAGCUGUGCCAGCAUUGGAUAAUCACUGGGAACAGUUGCUUCACAUGAUAUGGCCAAGGUUUGAAUAUGUUGUGAAGACAAAUAUCCAAAGUAUCCAGGAAUGUGAUCCCUCCAAAAUGCCAUCGCUAGAUAUGAGGCCACAUUAUAUAACCCGAAGAUAUGCUGAGUUUAGUGGAGCUGUUAUGGUAUUACAUGAGAAGUUCCCUCUGGAAGGAGUUGAUGCCCUCAUGCUACAGCUUCAAGAUGAAGUAGAGAAGGUCAUUCUGAAAAUGGCAGCAGUGUUUCAUCAUCGUAAAGACCAGCUGAUUUUCCUAAUUAAUAAUUAUGACAUGAUGCUAUCAGUGUUGUCUGAAAAGACCCGAGAGGACAGUCGUGAGUGCGAGCGGCUGAAGGAGCUGCUAGGUCAGCGUACAGGAGAGUACAUAGAAGAAGUCCUUGCUCCACAUUUCGGGGCCAUGUUGACUUUUGUAAGGGAGACAGAUCACCUUAUUGCCAACAAUAAUGUUGAUGCCUUAAAAGACUAUGAAAAAAAAGUAGUGCCCCUUGUCAGGUCCUUUUCAUCUACAUGGCGAAAAUCAGUGGAACGACUAAAUAAUGAAGUCAUGCAGUGUUUCACAAAUUUCCGUACUGGGACUGUUGUGUUGCAACGAGCACUGGAGACUCUCAUUACUGCUCAUCACACUUUCAACAGAAUCCUUGCACAUCAGGCAUUCCAGCACUUGAAUAUUAAAGGUGACAUUGUAAAUUCUCACCACUUGAUUGUAGAAGCAAAGAAAUAUAAGCCUACAUUUUAGGCUAUGAGCAAGUAUUGUAAACAUGGUGCGAGAGACAUCAAUAAUACUUUUAUCCCUUUUCUGUGUUCCUUCAUUCAAGAAUUCAUAAUGUUUAAAAGCAAGUAAUGUUGCAUCUUGGUUGUUUUUAACUCAGUCUGUUUUCAUACCUGUGCAUACUUGUGAAGUCUAACAGCUGACAAUCACUUUGGUCAUGGACCCUAUUAUGGGAUUCUGUGGUGAUCUGCAUUUGUAAUAAAGCAGAAGUGUAUAUUUUAGCCCAGAAAAAAAAAAAAAAAAAAAAAAAAAAAAAAAAAAAAAAAAAAAAAAAAAAAAAAAAAAAAAAUUACCUCCAAGCAUUGUGGCAACCUAAAUAAAACUGAUAAUCUCAAUUAGAUUGUGUGUGUAAAUAUUGAUUUUUUUUUAGUCAUAUAGCUUUAGUAUUUCUUGGAGGAUAAAGAAGUUUAUGAAAAGGGCAUGUAAAACAAGAUUAUAAUGAUGACAUUCCAAAUUAUACCACUGUAAUAUAAUAUGUAUAUUUAUUAUUGCUGCUUAUUAGCAUCCUGAAUAUUCUUAGCUCACUGAUGCCAGAAAGGCAAAAAUAUAUGUCAUGUCCAUUUUUUUCCCCCUCUUCUUCUUUCUUUCUUUUUUUUUCUUUGUGGCUCACCAAGAAGUCGAUCCCUAAUCCAACCCAUCUCAACUGUCUAGCCUCUCCUUGAUAUUUUGAAAGAUUCUUUUUAACUUUAACUUUUUAUUGCUAUUAGUGUUGUUAAUAACAUUAUGAUAAUCAUAUUGUUUAAUAAUAAUAAUAAUAACAACAUCAAGAUUAAUUAGAAAAAAAGUACGUAUAUUUUUCUGAAAAAUUCAAGGAAAGGGGAAAUCAGCUGAGGUCACAUUGAACUACUAAUUGGCUUCUUAGUGGCUAAGCACUUGUAGAAUCCUCUACAUGCAAACAAAUUUCAUGAAAGAAAACUACAGUUGACAUAUACUAGGCAGCAUUGGGUUAAAGGUAUAAUUUUAUCAGUUGAUUAUUUAUAAUACAAAUGUUAAUACUGAAAUAAAAUAUAUAUUGACCAAUAUAUUC